UGCAACAUAGCUUAGCUUAGCUUUGCACCAUAGCAUAGCGUAGUUUAGCAUAGUGUAGCUUAGCAUAGCUUAAGCUAGCUAGCUAACGCUAGCAUAUCCUGCCAGGACCUUAAGCUACAACAGUCACAGAUUUGCUGGUGUGGCUGCGGCCACUCGGUUCUCGGAUUUUUAGCCGUUUUAAGCCGAAUAUGUUCACCGCGGCGCCGUGAUGCGGCUGUAACCGGCUCCUAAAGGCCCGAGGCCGGUUCAUGCGUGUGCUUUGACCGCGUUACCCAGUCCCCCAGCCUCGCUGUCUGCCCGGAGACAUGUCCGGCGUGGCUGGCGCCGGCGCUGCUGCUGCCGCCGCCGCGGCCGCCCCCGGCUGCGGUCCGGGCGGGUUCGCUGCAGGCGGCUCGGGCUCCGCGGCCAAGCUUCCCGGCCGCGUCCUGGAGCACAUCUUCUCCUACCUGGACCUGCUGGAUCUCACGCGGUGCUCGCUGGUCUGCCGCUCCUGGAACAAAUGCCUCGCCGACGAGAACAGCGAGGUGUGGCGGAGCCUGUGCUCCCGGGUGCUGAGCGACGAGGCUAUGCGGUCAGACAUCCUCUGCAACCUGGGGACUUAUAAAGGAAAGCUCAAGUCGUUCCAGCACGCUCUGAGCUCCCACGACUGCUCGAGGAACGUCUACGUGAAGAAGAACGGUUUCACCCUCCACCGAAACCCUAUAGCUCAGAGCACCGACGGCGCUCGCGGUAAAAUCGGCUUCACGGAGGGCCGGCACGCCUGGGAGAUCUGGUGGGAGGGGCCGCUUGGCACUGUGGCAGUCAUUGGCAUUGCCACAAAGAGGGCGCCCAUGCAGUGCCAGGGCUACGUAGCGCUGCUGGGGAGUGAUGACCAGAGCUGGGGGUGGAAUCUGGUGGAUAAUAACUUGCUUCACAACGGUGAGGUCAACGGCAACUUCCCUCAGUGCAACAACGCGCCCAAAUACCAGAUCGGGGAGAGAAUACGCGUGAUCCUGGACAUGGACGACAAGACGCUGGCCUUCGAGCGAGGUUUUGAAUUUCUGGGCGUGGCCUUCAGAGGGCUGCCCAAGACCUGCCUCUUCCCUGCGGUUUCGGCUGUGUACGGCAACACGGAGGUCACCAUGGUCUACCUGGGGAAGCCUCUGGAUGGCUGAGGACCGUCUCUGUGCCACAUAGACGUCAUAGACAUCACGAGUGCCAAGGAAAGAGACGUCCACAAGUCAGAGCACCGAGAGUCGUACGGGGGGAACUCUAAAGGUUUACAGGGGGGGGGGAACGGCGAGGCUCUCCACUGCACGCUUCUUCCGUGGAUCCGGCACGUCUCUGGAUGCUCCCCCUGAUGGCUGUUGAGGACUAUUGUUUUGUUUUUGAAACUGAUUUAUAUCACAUAAUUUAUCAAAAAAUAAAGACACUGGGCUAGCUCAUAAUCCUAGAUUAAUCAAAGCCAAACCACUUUAGAUGGCACGUGGCAAGUUUUAACCCUAACACCCCCCUCCGAUCCUGAUCGUCUAACCGUAUAAUCCACAGUAACAAAACAAAAAGCGUCUUUAACACAAAUUACUGUCUGUACCUGAUCCACUGACGCACCGGAGGGAUGGCUUUAGGACUUCCAACAGAUCCAGCAGUGCAGCGAACGACCAAUGCCAAAACCACCUUCUUCUUAUUACCUCCACACAGCUUGACCAUUUGGAACCGGGCGAGGAUUCGGGCGAGGCUGCUUCACUAGAGGAGUUCACUAGAGUACUUUGCAUGCAGUAAAGUCGAUGCCGUCUUUGGACGUCGGUGUUUUGUGCAGGAAAUCCAAAAGAAAACCUAUUGUAACAAUGUUACUGUACUGCUCAAUUGUGAUGUACUAGUGUAUGAUAUUUAUUUAUUAGGUUUUAUCCUUGAUAUCGAUGAGGUCGUGGGACCUGUAAAUAAACUAUAUGGUGCCAGUC